AAAAUUCUUUAUGUUCCUCACACAGAAACCCUCACCCAAACACGGUGCUUUAGAAAAGAUCAUCCACUCCCAUUAAUGCUUAACACCACUAUUAGAGCCGUCAUUAUCACACCACCAUACUCAUCCUCCAUCGCUUUGACGGCUGUUUACCCAUUUCAGCGAAUACAUUCAUUUGCUUUUUCUGCAGCUUCACCGCCCUCAGGAUAUUGUUUCCUCUCUGCACUCAAAUGCUGCCAUUUCCUCAGAUGCCACCCCCCUCCCCACCCAAAAAAACACUUUUUUCAACUUUUUGAAAUCUCCUUUUUUUUUUAAGUACAUGGUAACAUAAUUCUCACUUACAGACGGGGUCGGCAACCCAACGACUUCAUAAAUAAGAAUUUCUUCUGAGAUAUAUAGCAUAGCAUAAUUUUUUUCACUUUUUGUGCACUUGAUUCAGCUAGCGACACGUUCUCUUCGCAGGGCCCCAGGCUUCAUGCAUAUAAACCAGUCCCUUCCAUCAUUUUCUUCCCAUGUACAACACCCUCUUUCCCUUGCAGUCUCUAAUUAACGAACACAAAGGGCACGAUCACUUGUCACUUGUGCUUCUUCUAUAGCUCGAACCGAGUUAGCUAGUCGUGUGUAAUUCGAAGUCGUCGUCUUCAGCAUCACCAUUUCUUUGUCCCGCGAAAACCCCUCUCCCAGCCCCCCAGAAACUCAUGGAUCCUCCCUCUGAUCAUGAUGAUGAUCUUCACAGAUGGCCAACUCCGAAAGAGGUCUUUUCGGAAAUCAAAGACAUAAGCAAGAUAUCAGGUCCGACCGCCAUCACCGGUUUACUCCUGUACUCGAGAGCUAUGAUCUCUAUGCUCUUCCUUGGCUAUCUCGGCGAGAUGGAGCUCGCAGGAGGCUCCCUCUCCAUCGGCUUCGCCAACAUCACCGGUUACUCUGUCAUCUCUGGUUUAGCCAUGGGGAUGGAGCCUAUUUGCGGCCAAGCUUGCGGAGCCAAACAAUGGAAGCUUCUGGGCUUAACACUACAAAGAACCAUCCUUCUCCUUCUCUCAACUUCCAUCCCCAUCUCCUUCAUGUGGCUCAACAUGAAGACCAUCCUCAAUUGGUGCGGUCAGGACCAGGACAUAUCAUCAAUGGCUCAAACCUUCAUUCUUUUUUCCAUUCCAGACCUCUUCUUCCUCUCACUUCUUCACCCUCUCCGAAUCUACCUCAGGACUCAGGGCAUCACAUUGCCGUUAACAUAUUGCACUGCAGUGUCUGUUCUCCUGCACGUUCCUCUAAGUUUCCUUUUGGUGGUUCAUUUCAAGCUGGGCAUAGCGGGGGUGGCUAUAGCGAUGGUUUUGACCAAUCUCAACCUGUUCCUGUUCCUCUCUUCGUUCGUUUGCUUCUCCGGUGUGUACAAAGAUUCUUGGGUUUCCCCGAGCAUGGACUGUCUCAAGGGAUGGGCGUCUCUGCUUUCACUCGCGGUUCCAACUUGCGUCUCUGUUUGCUUGGAAUGGUGGUGGUACGAGUUGAUGAUAAUGUUGUGCGGGCUUCUGGUGAACCCGAAAGCGACCAUUGCUUCCAUGGGAAUCCUUAUCCAAACAACAUCUCUGGUCUAUGUCUUCCCUUCAUCUCUGAGCCUUGGUGUCUCCACGAGAGUGGGUAACGAACUGGGCGCCAACCGGCCUGCAAAAGCCCGCAUUUCCAUGAUUGUGUCCCUGUUCUGCUCGGUGGGCCUAGGCCUGGCGGCCAUGCUUUUCACCACCUUAAUGAGGCAUCAAUGGGGUCGAUUCUUUACCACCGACGAGGAGAUUCUGAAGCUCACGGCCAUAGCAUUGCCGAUUGCCGGAAUGUGCGAGCUCGGAAACUGCCCGCAGACCACGGGUUGUGGGGUCCUGAGAGGAAUCGCCAGGCCCACCAUCGGAGCUAACAUCAACUUAGGUUCCUUCUACUUGGUGGGUAUGCCGGUGGCCAUGCUUCUGGGAUUUGUGCUCAAAAUGGGAUUUGCAGGGCUCUGGCUGGGGUUGCUUGCUGCCCAAGCCUCCUGCGCUGCACUUAUGUUGUUGGUGCUCUGCAGAACAGACUGGAAAGAGCAAGUUCGACGGGCAAGAGACCUCACUACAACCCCAACUUGUGCUUCUGCUCAUUCUUCACUUCCUACAUUCACAAAACCUCAGUCUCAGAAUAACCACAACUCUGGUGAUCUUCAAGAGAUUGUGAUCAGUGACGACGAGCGGACCAAGUCGGCGUCGCUUGAGACAGACCCGUUAAUAUUUCCCACUACUCAGCAGAGUGUGGAGUGAAGUGAUCGGAGUUGUUGGUAUUAGCACAAUUUUUUCUCCUUCCAUUCGUUUUUGGAAGGAGUCGAGAGGAGAGUCCCCAGUUCGAUUGGACUGUAGUGUACAAUAAUUUUCCACCCCACUUUUGCCGCUUUAAUUAUCCAUUGUCCUCUAAUGAUAGCAUUUGAGGGGGAAAGAAAACUUUUAAUUACUUCGUGGUAAAGGCAUUGUGAUGGCAAAACGGACCUGAGGGCUGGGAUGAGAUUUGGACGGUUGAAGCAUUUUUAAUAAGAUAUUAAUUAUCUUUUAUUUAAAUAUAAUAAUAAUAACUAUCAACUUGCUUACAACUAAUAUUUCAAUUUAAAAUAACAACGUUUAU